AUGACAUCAUUCCACCAAGUCAAUGGCGAUGACUUUGAUCAUGAUGACCAGAAUCUCAUGCACAACGGAAAGAGCCAUGAGCAAAUUAUUGAUGGUCUAUUGACUAAAGUUGGUUAUGGUCGUUUCCAAAAGAAGUUACUGAUUCUGUGUGGGUUUGGAUGGCUGGCUGAUAAUGCAGUGGCAAUUAUACUUCCAAGAGUACAAGAACACUUUUCUAUUUCUGAUAAAUGGAUUGGCGUACUAUCGAGCUCACUAUUCACCGGAAUGAUGGGAGGCGCAUUCUUCUGGGGGACUUAUUCAGACGCUCGUGGCAGAAAGACACCCUAUACCAUGACACUCGCGAUAACAUCUUUCUUUGGGAUCCUUUCGAGCGCAUCGUUUAGCUUCUGGAGUCUGUGUCUCAUGUUAUUCUUUGUUGGAUUUGGCGUGGGUGGAAAUAUGCCAACAGAUGGUGCACUUUAUCUCGAGUUCUUACCAAAGGAGCAGCACUAUCUCUUGACAUUCAUGUCCGUCUUCUUCUCGUUUGGGGCAGUUACAGCCUCAAUAAUCGGAUACAUCAUCUUACCUAGCACCAGCUGCCCUGAGCCAACAGCUGACACCAUGAUCCCUGACUGUGACCUUGCUAACCAGAACUACGGAUGGCGCCUUGUCUUGCUGACCAUAGGCGUGCUUACCCUCUUGAUGUCGUUUGUGCGCACCUUUUGGCUAAAGUUGCCCGAGACACCAAAGUUCCUGAUGAGCCAGUACAGAACAAAGGAGACGAUCAUCGUGCUAGAGAACAUCGCAAGAAUCAAUGGUGAAGAUGUCAGGAUCACUGCCAGAGAUCUUCCGGCCCGGCCUGUUUCUCAACCCCAAUCGAUCCCAGAAGAAGAGCAAGCUUUCUUGGAUGAAGAUGGGGACGAUGUGAUCUCGGCUGCAGAAUCGCUAUCUCCAGCCAGCGAAUCAUUGUCCAACAACUGGCGACAAUUAUUUGUUCCCAAGUGGAGACGGACGACUCUGUUGGUUUUUGGGAUCUGGACCUUGACAUCAAUGGCCUAUACAAUGUUCAACGUAUUCCUGCCCAAGUACCUCGAGACCCUUGGGUUUGAGAAAACCCCAUCUUCUCGCAAGAGUGUCUAUUGGGACUACAUGGUUUACUCUAUCGCGGGUGUUCCUGGUUCACUUGUGGCUUCGUAUAUGAUUGAAACUAGGCUGGGUAGAAAGGGAACAAUGGCUCUGUCCGCAUUUGGCUCCGCAUUUGCACUCUUUAUAUUUUCAAUUAUUGACUCGCACCUGACAAUGGUAUUGUCUUCUUCGACAGUUUCAUUUCUGGCAACUCUCUUGUACGCCGUCAUUUAUGGUUAUACUCCCGAAGUAUUCGAUACCAGUGUGCGCGGAACUGCUGUAGGGACUGCUUCUGGACUGGGUAGAAUCGCAGGUAUUCUGAGUCCUCUUGCCUCGGGUUGGCUGUACACAUUCUGGGUUACAUUGCCACUCCACAUCAGCGUUGUUGGCUUUGGACUGGUGGGAUUAUGUGUUGUCUUGCUUCCAUUUGAAACAAGAGCAACUCGAACUUGA